GUAGGGCUGCCGCCGCGCCGCAGCCGCAAUGAUUGCAAUGCGGGGUCACCAGUGGCCCUGAAGAUGCGCGCCGUCGUCGCCGCGGCAGCACUGACGGCAGCCCACGCCUACGGCGACGGCGCGGCCCGGCACCGCCUCGAAGAGGCGGAACGCUGGCUCUACGCCGGCGCGCCGCCUCCGAGCAAUUGGGAGAUCACGUCCAAACGCGACCUGCCGCCGUCCAAUAAGUGGUCGGACCUGAAUAGCGGCAAUUCCAAGCGUGUCCGAGCGACGACGUACGCGUCUCGACCCGUCGUCGUCAAGGAGGCCCUCGCGAAGGGCCACUGGAACGAGAGAAAUGUCAGAGGUGAAUUACUAUGGCUCGAGUACCUGCGGGGCGCGCCGGGCAUACCACGAUUGUAUGGGGCCUUCUUCACCGACAACGGCACGAAAGUGUCGCUGGUCGCGCAGCGCGCGGGCCACCCGCUCGCCCGAGGUAAAGGCACACGGCAUUCCAGAACCAUGCUCCUGAAAGAAUGGAAAAAUUGGUGCUCGUCGCGACCGGUCGAGGCGCUGCGCGCGCUGUUAACGUGUUUCCGGUCCUUCGCGGAAGUUGGCGGUUCCUUUCUCUCUGACUUCUCGCCGCACCAAUUUACGGUGGGUAAGGACGAAGUCUUCCUCAUCGACGGGCCCGACGCGCUGAGUGGGCCUUUAUACGACGUCUUCGCCGCCCGUAACCUGCCGACCGUGUAUGCCGGGCCGGUACGAAAGUGCUCCUCCGAGGAUAAGUGUCCGGCGACGUCGCCGGCGCACUGCUGCUGCGGCGGUACUAGCGCGAAGACGCGCUGCGAGAAGGGCGCCAAGGGCGCGCCCGAGGCGGCGGGCGGCUGCGCGGCCGGCUCUUGUCAACGCGUCUCGGCGAAGACCCACGUUUUUGACGUGGCGGCGAAGGUCUGGGCCUUCCCCUAUGUCCUAAACUUCGUCGAGCUCGCGCCCGCGCGGAAGCUGGCGCUGCGGCGGCUCCAGGUCUGGAUGGAGCGGCCCCUCGUGGGCGACCGGCCGAACUUCACGGAGGCGCUCGCGGCGCUCGACGGGGUCUCGUAGUAACGCGUUGUUUUUGUG